UACAAACAACAAUGGCGGAACGCAUCCUUUGCUUUGAAUAUUCUUGAAGUUUUUUCAUUAUGUUCGCGGCGCACAUAUAAUAAGCUACUGAUGAAAAAGUUGAACAGACGCUCUGCGGAACGGAUAUUGAAUCUGGUGAGUGAAGUUGUUGAGUACAUCCAAAGGAAAUAGCAACGAAAGCCUGUCAUUAAGGCACUCUACGGCAUCGUACUGGUCACCUGGUCAUACGUGAUCUAUGCAGGCUUGCUCGUAUCGCAAAGACACAUAGACCGACAGAACAGAAGGGUGUAAAAUGCAAAAAGACGGAGAGAGUGGUGUGGUCCAGGAAAAGCUUCGGGAACUCUCUCACAUAAUCCAGCAAUGUCAGGAGGAGAGAAAUCGUGGCGAGCACAACUUGACCAACAUAAUGAAGACUCACGAACGUAUUCAGCAAGAGCAGAAACUCUCGCCGUACUACAAAAAUAAGCUACGAGGACAGUACAAAACUGCACUGCAAGAUGCAGAGAGCGAGGAAGAGCUCCUGAGGAAGGCGCUGGACACCAUCGCCGAGAUCCGUGCCAUACGAAAUGAGCGCCGGAUAGCAACCAAGAACUCCGAGCGUCCCAAAGAGAUAAUCCGCAAGGGAGCACUCAUGAAGAUGCUGCAGCAGAACGCUCUCACGUUGCCGCUCUGGGUCGGAAAAGAUGGCGAGAGCCCGCCGCCCCUCUGCGGCGCCGUUCCAGCCGAGCCUAACUACGUGGCCAAGGUGGGAGACAUGGUCGCAGCCCUGGCACGAGGCCCAGAUGACGACGAGAACUGGAUCCUGGCAGAAGUUCUGCAUUACAACCACAACAGCUGUCGUUACGAGGUUGACGACAUCGACGAAGAGCAGAAGGGGAGACACACGCUGAGCCGGAGACGGGUCGUUCCGCUUCCGUUGCUGAGGGCCAACCCGGACACCGACCCGGAUGCCUUAUUCCCCAAAGAUGCUCUUAUCAUGGCCCUCUAUCCACAAACAACAUGCUUUUACAGAGCUCUCGUCCACGAGCUGCCUCUGGGUCCGCAGGAUGACUACCUAGUCCUCUUUGAGGACUCUUCAUAUCCCGAGGGUUAUUCGCCUCCGUUAUCCGUGGCGCAGCGUUACGUCAUCUGUUGUAAGGAGAUGCGAAAGAAGUGAAGCGUUUGUUCCUUUUUAUACCCAUCAUCGCAAAAGGUACCACUGUUGUCAGUUACUUCCACUUAUUCCAUUAGCAUUCGAUGCUCCGUAGCAAGACUUUGUCGUUGCAAAAAGGUUACGUUAUAGCAUUGUUUGGAAACUAUUUCACGCGCCUUUUCACGAGUUAUAACACGAAAGUGCAGAAUACGAACUGUACAGAUGGAUUGAAUCGUAUAUAUCUGCACAAUAAAAUGGCAUUUAAAUGCGUAGC